AUAAAGAAAUAAUUAUAGAAAAAAAAGAAGACUGGAAACGGAUACUGUUAUCCAGUGCUUCCAAGAGACCAAUAUAGAAAUUUCGAUUAAUAGUUACGGUUUCGGUUCCUUAUUUUUCCGGUUAUUAUCGGUUACGUUGAAAACAUAUAAAGUUUUAUCUUAUAAUGCUAACUUCCCGACGGUCUCUGUACAUACAGUUUGAAUAAAUUUCGUCGUCAUAAUAAUGAUUAUAUAUACUUCUACAAGAUAGCGUUGCAAUCGAACGUGAAUACGUGAAGUAUCAACGUGACAAUUGUGUUGAAUGAAUGUGUUUUUACUGUUUAUCUGAAAUUCCAUUCCUGUAAACUGAAAAGCAAUAGCAAGUUUUCAUUUGUGCUUAAGGCAUUGUUUAUAUAUUAUUUAAAUCAAGCUAAUUAAGCCUGACCUAUAAAAUGGAUGAGACUUCUUUGGAUGAAGGACCAGGAAUAAACUUUGAGCGGGCUACCUUGGAAAUUGCCAAGGAUGUUGAAGUUCCUGAUGGCAACCAGCCUUCAGAAUCCUCUACACCUGCACCAAGACAAACAACAGCACGAAACUUGCCAAGUAUUCCAUUUAAGCGAAUAGAUGCUCAAAGUUUCUUUUCUGAUCGUAAUGAAGUUGUAGAUCGUGCUCUCAAGGAUUGUUGUACAGACCUCAUCAAAGACUAUGAUAGUGAUGUUGUUGGAUCUUGGCUUCUUACAGAAAUCAGUCUAUGGGAUACAGAAAAGGAACGCUUGGUUCUCCUAACUAAAAAUGCAUUGUACUCAGUGAAGUACGACUUCAUCUCUUUGAAGAUUCUCGAAUAUAAUCGUGUUUUGUUAUCUGUAAUCGACACCCUCAUAUCUGGUCAAUUGGUCUACCCACCCAAAUCGCUCAUUCCACGUCUAAAUGGAAUCGCAGAAGGGGUCUCGAACGUUGUUCAGUGUGGCGUGCGUCAGCAGUGGUCCUCUAUGGCCACAGGAGCUGGUUUAGAACGGUUCGAGCCUAGAGAUCGGAAUGCAACGGGUCUACGAUUAAUGUGGAAUCGAGGAGAGCCACUAUCUCUAGAUAAAAAAUGGAAUCCAUUCGCUCGCAAUAUCCCUUGGCUAACGUAUACCAGUCAUCCGCUGUUCUGGCACAAGGGUAACGAUACAGAAAAGUCGAGAUUCGACGUAGAAGAUCUUCACGCGAAUAUCGUAAAUUUAUUGCCGGAAGAAUGCCAGGUGCUAACUGGAAGUUCAAUUAUCCUCGAGAACUAUCUGGGGCUUGGCGCGCUAUUUCACAAUCGUAACUCUUUGGGUUUCUUCAAGAUUCGUGGCAAGGUCAGCUUCUAAGUAUUUUGCAUCUACUAAAACAAGGUAAUCCAAAGGAUCCAAUGCGAAGUUUACAGCAAUUUUCAUGUAUUACAAGGAAUAGUAUUUAGGAUACUUUUUCAGCAUAGCUCACAUAGAUUCGAUAUCACUAUUGGACAAGGUUCAUUCACGAACAGUCACUUCUCUGUUUAUAUGAUACUAAACACUUAUUGUUCUCGUACUUAUCACGAGGAUAUAUUUUCACUAGUAACCACUUACUUUCUAUUUUUUCUCGAUUUUCUAUUGUAUAUUAAUUUCAAGGUGCUUAUCAAAAAAUAUAGUUUACCCAGAAACGCUAGCUUUCGUCAUCGAAAUACUAAUCAAACUAAUUUCUUGAAGAAUUAAUACUCGUUAUCGUGCGACUAACAACUUUCAAAUUUUUAUGUCACAAAGUACUCUACUUGGCUUAUGCUGAACAAGUAAUCCUGUAAGAAAAAUAUUAUUAACGAAAGUAACUAUUUGCUGUAAAGCAAUUAAUUGUAUCAAAAAAAGAGGACAGUGCAUAUCGUGAAUAACAGUCUUGAAUUUAACAAAGUCAAAUUGUCUUUUUUCAUUGUUUGAAUUGCAAAUUGUAUCAAAGAUAAAUGCUUUUGUUACGGGCGUAGCAUAAAUAGAUCGUUCUUACAUGAAAUGACGUCAUGGCUUUACUAACACACAAUAAUGUACAAGUGCGAUAAGCUCACUGGCCAAUAUUUUACUAAUAAGUAUGUUGAACGAGUUCACUUACCUCAUGGUACUUUUCUCUUAUGAUGUUAUCGCCAUUAUUAUUAUUGAGCGAAGUCUCAAGUAAAAAUAAAAACAUUUUACGUGUCUUACAGCAU